GAGGAAGAGGAGGAGGUGCCGUCCCACAAUACCAGGCGGGAGGGCGGUAGGCGGUGUGUAUCCCGGCUGCGAGGUGCUCUGAGCGGUCGCGGACCGUGCUGCCUCUGUCUCUUUAACGCGAGAGGAAGCGAUGCAGAGGAGUGGAAAAUGGCAGAGCUGCAGAUGUUACUAGAGGAGGAGAUUCCGUCUGGCAAGAGGGCGCUGAUAGAGAGUUACCAGAACCUGACCCGGGUGGCGGACUACUGUGAAAACAACUACAUACAGGCUACAGACAAGAGAAAAGCUUUAGAAGAGACCAAAGCAUAUACAACCCAAUCUCUAGCUAGUGUUGCUUAUCAAAUAAAUGCAUUGGCCAACAAUGUACUCCAGUUACUGGACAUCCAAGCUUCUCAGCUUCGGAGAAUGGAGUCUUCCAUCAAUCAUAUCUCACAGACUGUGGAUAUUCAUAAAGAGAAAGUGGCUCGAAGAGAAAUUGGUAUUUUGACAACAAAUAAGAACACAUCAAGAACUCACAAAAUAAUUGCACCUGCAAAUAUGGAGCGCCCUGUAAGGUAUAUUCGGAAACCUAUUGACUACACAGUUCUGGAUGAUGUGGGCCAUGGUGUCAAGUGGCUAAAAGCCAAGCAUGGAAAUAACCAGCCUGCAAGAACUGGCACACUGUCGAGAACAAAUCCUCCUACUCAGAAACCACCAAGCCCUCCCAUGUCAGGCCGGGGAACAUUGGGGCGAAAUACUCCUUAUAAAACCCUGGAGCCUGUUAAACCCCCAACAGUUCCUAAUGAUUAUAUGACCAGUCCUGCAAGACUUGGAAGUCAGCAUAGUCCAGGCAGGACAGCUUCUUUAAAUCAGAGACCAAGAACACACAGUGGGAGUAGUGGAGGAAGUGGAAGUCGAGAGAACAGUGGGAGCAGCAGCAUCGGCAUUCCCAUUGCUGUGCCCACGCCUUCCCCACCCACUAUUGCACCAGAAAACAUUUCUGUCCCUCCUCCUGGAGCUCCACCAGCAACACCUCUGCCACCAUUCCUCCCAGUAAGCACCAUGAUAGCUGCCCCGGGCUCGGCUCCUGGUUCCCAGUAUGGCACAAUGACCAGGCAGAUUUCUCGACACAACUCUACCACUUCCUCGACAUCUUCUGGUGGAUACAGACGAACUCCCUCUGUGACUGCUCAGUUUUCUGCUCAGCCUCAUGUUAAUGGAGGUCCACUUUAUUCUCAGAAUUCAAUUUCUAUUGCUCCACCCCCUCCCCCGAUGCCUCAAUUGACUCCACAGAUACCUCUCACAGGCUUCGUGGCCAGGGUGCAGGAAAACAUUGCUGAUAGCCCAACUCCACCACCACCACCUCCACCAGAUGACAUUCCCAUAUUUGAUGACUCUCCACCUCCCCCACCUCCUCCUCCAGUGGACUAUGAAGAUGAGGAAGCUGCAGUAGUGCAGUAUAAUGACCCAUAUGCAGAUGGGGAUCCUGCCUGGGCCCCCAAGAAUUACAUUGAGAAAGUUGUUGCAAUAUAUGAUUAUACAAAAGACAAGGAUGAUGAGCUGUCGUUUAUGGAGGGUGCAAUCAUUUACGUGAUAAAGAAGAAUGACGAUGGCUGGUAUGAAGGGGUCUGCAACCGAGUGACUGGUCUCUUCCCUGGGAACUAUGUUGAAUCAAUCAUGCACUAUACUGAUUAAUUUUUUAUUUUUUAGCUUUUGAAGUAGAUUCUUAUUACUCAGUCAUACUGUGGGACUAUUAUGGUUAACAGAAUUGUCCUAAGUUUUUAAAAGUACCCAUGUUUUCAGGCCAUGCUGUCUAUUGGUAUAUUUGAAUGUCUCCUUCUUAGCAUAAAUCUCAGUGGCAGUUUGUAUUUUGCUAAACAGCAAUUUAUACAAUGGACUGCCCAUAAAUGAUUAUGCUUAUAUACUUAUACAUUGUUAACUUUAUGACCAGCCUAAAUAUUCUGGGAAAGUGGGGCAUAUUUAACAAAUCAUGAUUGAGACUACAUUACGUUUCAGUGCAUCAUGGUUACUAAUGCUAUGUCAGACUAAUACUAAAAUCAGAAAACUUAAAUGCUGGUGCUGGUCAUACUUUUUGUUUAGAUUCUCUCAUUUUUAAAAACUAUUUGUUUAAAGCAUGCAUAAAAGUUUAUGUAUUGAAAUAUACUUAAAAAUUCCCAGAUGCUUCCAAUUUGUGUACCACUUCCUAGAAUACUCAUAUUAGGUGAGUUGCUAAGGUCUUCAUGUGAAACAAAAAGAAUUAUCUGUAAUGUUGUAAUUUGUAACUUAAGUUUUUUAAUGAGUGAAUUUGCAUUAUAAAUUUUUCCAUUCAUAAAUACAUAAGUGAACCAAA